UGUAUUUUGUGUUAAUUACUUCAACUAUUUAAUUUAUUUAUUUUUUUUAUAUUUAAGUUCUUAGUUUUACAUUAUUUAUUCUGUACUGGGCAUUUAGCUCCACAAUUAUUAACGUUUUUCAUCUAUCCAUCUUUAUCAUCAGGCCUAACUUAAUGCUCGUUUUUUGGAUGAUGAAAUAGUGUCUUUUGGCCCAUCUUAUCAAGCUUAUAUUUUUUUUUUGGUUUAAUUGGACCAUUUUAACUGCUUGUCUAUCAAAAAAACAUCCACUAUACCAUUGAGUUAAGUUUUCAUCUAUUGAAUUACACAUGUUCAGCUGAAAUGCCUGCAAACGAGGAACCAUCUGAUGCUCUUGAUACAUCAUUGUAUGCUCCAGUAUCAAUAGAUACACAAAGUGAUCUACCCGAUUCUUUUGACAAAACUGGUGAUGGUGAUGUUGAAGAUGAAGAGUUGCAUGAUGAUGAGAAUGAAGAAUCAGAUGCGGAAAGUACAACUGAAGAUCAACCUCAAAGGGGUCCGAUCAAAUUGCACAUUGAUAUGUCAUCAAUACCUUGUAUUCCUACUGAUCAACAGUUUUCUGAGUUACAAGAGCUUGGUGUUGUAGCUUAUGAGCAGCAAUCUUACGAGAAAGGAGUUUUAAAACAAGUUGAUGAUGUUAUCAAUAAUCAGGUGACUAGAGCUGGAGCUGAUAUUCAUAAGAAAAGAAUCGCGGCCAUUCUUUCAUUUGAAAAUGAACCCUCUCCUGAUGAAUCUGAAAGAGAAAGUUUUGAUUAUCAAAACCAACAACCUUCGACAUCCGCAUUUGGGUGUACUGAGAAUGCUUUUAACAUUGCCAGUACCAAAAGUCAAGAGGUUGUUCAAAAAGUCCAUGACUUCCAUGCGAGCCGUCAACAUAAUCCUGAUGAUGACUAUGAUGACGAUGGUGAUGAAGAUGUUUCAAAGAUCAGACAUAAAUCUUUUCAGAGAACAGAAGAUAAUGACGAAUACAUCCCAUCAGAAGAAGAAAGGGAAGAAUAUGAGGACGAAGAAUUUGAAAAUGAAAAGAAAAGGAGGAAAGCUGAAAAAAAGGAAUUACUUCACAAGAAAAUGAAACUCGAUUCUGGUCCAGAAAAAGUGACAAAGAAAAAGAUAAUCGAUGAUGGUGAUGAAGCUGCCUAUCAAAAAAGAAUGAGAUAUGUCAAAUUGAAUGCUCAACAAGAAGCAAGUUCAGGAGAGGUGGACGUUUAUCAAGAUUUUCACAUUAUUGGUGAUGAUUUCAAAGUACCUCUUCAUAUAUGGUCGAAGUUGUACAAUUAUCAACAAAGAGGAGUUCAAUGGUUGUGGGAAUUGCAUCAACUCGGUUGUGGUGGAAUUUUGGGUGAUGAAAUGGGUUUGGGUAAAACUAUCCAAGUGAUUGCUUUUCUUGCAGGCCUCAGCGUUAGUGAGGUAUCAAAUUUUCGAGACGAGAGGAAAAAAUUGGGUCCAGUAAUUUUAGUCACUCCAGCUACUGUAAUGCAACAAUGGGUUUCUGAAUUCCAUGCUUGGUGGCCAUUUUUUAGAGUUGCUAUUUUACACCACACAGGAUCGUAUAUCGGGAAAAAGAAAAAUCUGAUUCGAUUGAUUAAUAGGUCUAAUGGCAUAUUAAUAACUUCCUAUUGUAGCAUUGUUGCUUAUCAAGACUUUUUAUACGACUUUGAUUGGCACUAUGUUAUUCUUGAUGAAGGACAUAAGAUACGAAAUCCCGACGCUCAGACAACAAUUGCAUGUAAAAGGUUCCGAACCCCACAUCGUAUUAUUCUCUCUGGCUCUCCUAUCCAAAAUAACCUCAAAGAACUUUGGUCACUUUUUGAUUUCAUCUACCCUGGCAAACUCGGAACCUUGCCAGUUUUCAUGGAAAAAUUUUCAGUUCCAAUAACUCAAGGAGGUUAUGCUAAUGCCUCUCAGAUUCAGGUUGAAAUUGCCUACCGAUGUGCCACCGUUCUUCGAGAUGCGAUUAAGCCAUAUCUUUUACGUCGAGUCAAAGAUGAAGUUCAAAUGGCACUCAAUUUGCCUAGCAAAAAUGAACAAGUUUUGUUUUGUCGAUUAACUGAUGAACAGCGUGAUGUUUACAAAGGUUAUUUAGAGUCCAACACAAUUCGUGAUAUUUUUAAAGGAAAAACACAAAUAUUUGUUGGCCUUAUUAAUUUAAGAAAAAUAUGUAACCAUCCCGACCUGUUCACUAAUGGUCCAAAAGAAGAAACUGGUGAUAUUAAAGAUACCUUUGGUUACUAUAAAAGAUCGGGUAAAAUGAAGGUUGUUGAUGUUUUACUCAGCCUUUGGCACAAACAAGGACACAAAGUUUUGUUAUUUACUCAAGGAAAACAGAUGAUGGCUAUCCUAGAAAUUUUCCUACGAUAUCGUGAAUAUGCUUAUCUUACAAUGGAUGGGAGUUCACCCAUAGGAUCUCGUCAACAAACUGUUAAAGAAUUUAACUCCAAUCCCAAUAUCUUUGUUUUCCUAUUGACUACUAAAGUGGGUGGCGUAGGUUUAAACUUGAUUGGAGCAAAUCGUGUUUUAAUUUAUGAUCCUGAUUGGAAUCCAACAACUGAUAUGCAAGCUCGAGAAAGAGCUUGGAGAAUAGGUCAAGAUAAACAAGUAACCAUCUAUCGGUUAUUGACAGCAGGAACAGUGGAAGAAAAAAUUUACCACCGACAAGUUUUCAAACAAUAUUUAACAAACCGUGUUCUCAAAGAUCCCAAGCAACAAAGAUUUUUCAAAACAAAUAAUUUACACGAAUUGUUCACUCUUGGAAAUGAUUCAUCAGCAACGGAAUCAAGUGCUCUGUUUGCAGGAACAGGAUCUAAAGUUAACAUUAACAAAUCUGCCAAAAACGCCACCAAAAAGGACAAAUCGAGUAAAAAAUCUCAAAUUCUACCUCCAGAUAAGAUUACACUGCCACCUGAAAAGAUAAAAGAGUUGCACGAAAGGGCUAAAAAGCUUAGUCAAAUGAUUGGUCAAAAGUUUGCUAACAACAGUUCAUCUAAUUCAUCUAACUCAUCUGAAUUCAAAUCAUUAAUAAGUACAAGUGAUAGUCAACUCAUCCGAGAUUCAACUAAUCAUCUUAAAAAUAAAUCAGCUAAUUCAUCUGCCUCAUCAUCAUCUUAUAAUAAACAUAACCACGAUUCAAACUCGAUUCCAACCAAAAAUGCAAGUAAAUCAAAGAAACACAAAGGAACAGUUUUUGAAGGCAAACGAAUCAAAUAUCUUGUUAAAAGUGAUACAUAUAAUCCGGUAAAAGAUGAAAAAUCAGAAGGUGAUGCUGAUUUAAAUAAGCAACAAGAUGAUUAUGUGCUUAAAAAGUUAUUUAAAAAAUCAAAUAUGCACAGUGCGUUACAGCAUGAUGUUAUUGAGGGUAAAACCAAUUCUGAUUUCAUUUUAAUUGAAAGUGAAGCAGAUAAAGUUGCCAAUGAAGCAAUUAAAGCCUUACGCCGAUCUCGACAAAUGUGUUUUGCUCCAUCACUCGGAAUACCAACUUGGACUGGAAGCAGUUCAACACUUCCUACAGCCAGUAGAUUUGGUAAAGGACGCCGAGAUCGUUUACCUGGAGCUGCUAGUGGAUCUAGUGAUUCUGCACCAUCAAGUGCUUCAAUUAUACAAUCAAUCAGAGAGCGAAAUAAAUUUCAAACUCCCGAAGAGAAUGAAGAAGAUGAUAAUGCUCGGCCGACCCCUGCAACAUCUACGAUUUCAUCUGAACAUAAUGAACUGCUCAAUGAUAUAAGAAAUUUUAUUGCCUUCCAAGCUAAUGUUGACGGUGAAGCUACAACGCAAGAGAUUUUAGAGAAAUUCAAGGAUAGGAUUCCAGCUCAACUAACGCCCAUAUUUAAGUCACUUCUUUGGAAGAUCAGUGAUUUUCAUCGUAGAUCUGAUGGUGCCGGUGUUUGGAAAAUCAAAGGAGAAUUUAGAUAAUUUCAGAAGCAACCUGAAAUUAAUCUAACAACAAUAGCUUUCAUCUUGUUAAUUCACUAAUAUGCAUUUCAUUUUCUUGCUUUUACAAUUUUCUUUUCGACUCAUCAACCAUUUUUUAUCGACAUUUUGUAUUCAUGUUUCUGUGUUCUGGAAUUCUCAUUCAAAUGUUUUCUAUUUUGUUAAAAUGAUUUCAAAGUUUGAUUUUUUCGCAUCCUUCUUGUAAUAAAUAAGAUUUCAAUUUUAAUUGUCAAUAUUAAAUUGUAAAUCUUUUUGCUGUACUCUUUAAUAAAGACCUUGGAUCAAUGACA